GGAGAGGGGUAGGCUAGGUGGAGCACCAAGCGGCAGACAUGGCACGGUAUAUAUAUACAGAUGGAGGAGGAGACAGGAGAGGAGGAGUUGUGGCGCGUUGUAACUUGUACCCUAUACACGAGUAGGGUAGGAUCUGUAGACAGUACUAGUUUGCAUCGGCCGCGGCCGUAGUCUUCAAGUUGACGCAACCGCCCACGCGCGCGACCCGGCAGUUUGCCUCCAUUGCCGUCGUCUCUCUCUUUCGUUCUGACCAGCACCUAGCUAGCGAGCCAUGGCGAGUAGUCGCCUCCUCCUCCUCUUUGCCGUGCAGCUCCUUGUGCUGGUCGCCGUAGUGUCCGGCACACGAUGGCAGGACUUCCUCCGCCUGUCGUCGGAGUCGGCGUCGGAUGACGACGACGCCGCGGCGGUAGGGACCAGGUGGGCCGUCCUCAUCGCCGGCUCCAAUGGCUACUACAACUACCGGCAUCAGGCUGACGUGUGCCACGCGUACCAGAUCAUGAAGAAGGGCGGGCUCAAGGACGAGAACAUCAUCGUCUUGAUGUACGACGACAUCGCCGACAGCCCCGACAACCCGAGGCCCGGCGUCAUCAUCAACCGCCCAGACGGCGGCGACGUGUACGCGGGGGUCCCCAAGGACUACACGGGCGAGGACGUGAACGUCAACAACUUCCUCGCCGUCCUGCUCGGCAACAAGUCCGCCGCCACCGGCAAGGUGGUCGCCAGCGGGCCGGACGACCACGUCUUCGUCUACUACAGCGACCACGGCGGGCCCGGGGUGCUCGGCAUGCCGUCGGACGACUACCUGUACGCCAAGGACCUGGUGGACGCUCUCGAGAGGAAGCACGCCGCGGGGGGGUACCGGAGCCUGGUGUUCUACCUGGAGGCGUGCGAGUCCGGGAGCAUCUUCCAGGGCCUCCUGCCGGAGAACAUCUCCGUGUACGCCACCACGGCGGCGAACGCGGAGGAGAGCAGCUGGGGCACCUACUGCCCCGGCGACGACCCGGCGGCCCCGCCGCCCGAGUUCGACACCUGCCUGGGCGACCUCUACAGCGUCGCCUGGAUGGAGGACAGCGACGCGCACAACCGCCGCGCCGAGUCGCUGAGGCAGCAGUACCAGGCGGUCAAGGACCGGACGUCGGCCAACGGCACCUACAGCCUCGGCUCCCACGUCAUGGAGUACGGCGACGUCAAGGGACUCGCCGCGCAGAGCCUCUACACCUUCAUGGGCACCGACCCCGCCAACGACGACGGCUCGCUGCUGCGGCUGCGGCGAUCCUCGGGCGGCGCGGCAGUGAACCAGCGCGACGCCGACCUGGUCUACUUCUGGCAGAGGUACCGCAAGGCGGCGGAGGGCACGCCCGAGAAAGCGGAGGCCCGAAGGCGGCUGCUGCAGGUCAUGUCUCGCCGGUCCCGCGUGGACAGCACCAUGGAGCUCAUCGGCGGCCUCCUCUUCGGCUCGAAGGAGGGGCCCAAGGUGCUCGGCGCCGUGCGGCCGGCGGGGCAGCCCCUUGCCGACGACUGGGACUGCCUCAAGUCCGUGGUGCGCGCGUACGAGCGCCACUGCGGGCCGCUCGCGCAGUACGGGAUGAAGCACAUGCGGUCCUUGGCCAACAUCUGCAACGCCGGCGUCGGGGAGGACGCCAUGGCCAAGGUGGCGUCCCAGGCCUGCGCCGCCGUCGCCCCUUCCCACUGACCGGCCCACACGCCGUGGCCUCCGCGGCCCCUACCUUUUUCUUCAUUCACACCGUCUCGUGCGUGCGUGUGUGUAUAUAUAUAUAUAUAUAUAUAUAUAUAUAUAUAUAUAUACGUUUGUUAUCGACCUGCACCGAAGAACUCUUGUGGAUAUACAGUACUUUGUUGCUACACACACUUCUUGUGCUAUCACUGUAAAUUACAUGUUACGACCACUAAAGAAGGCUCGACUGUUGAAAGAUUUCA